AGUCAGCCAACUGUAUUAGUGAAACGCAUUAUUGAAUAGAAGUAAAAAGGUCAAUAAAAAAUAAAAAACUUUAAUUAUACAACGCAUUAAAGAAAAGAAUAAGACUUUAAUUAUUCAACCAGUAUUAAAAAUACUUUUAAUUUUGUGAUCAUAGACUAGUUUUACGAUUUUUUACCUUAAUAAAUAGUUAAGUAGUUGAAUAUGUGCGACGAUAAACUUUUUACGUACUUUACAUGUCAACGAUGUUCCCAGCCGUUGAAGCUCGAGGACUCUCUAAAUUCAUUCAGUGAACAUAUUUCGGCAGAGCUUAACCUACCUAUACAUUCUCAACCAGACGUAGAAUUGGAGUCUCAAGCAACAAGUUUUGAUCACUAUGUACCACCUUGCAGGCUAUCAGAUUCUGGAAAUGGAGCUAAUGGUUUUAUGUUAAUCUCUGAUGAAAAUGAGGUGGAUUUACUAAGUCAUCAAUUUAAGAUAUGCAAACUAGUGUUUGUUUACUACAGUUUUGCUGGGUACAAGAAUAGAUGUCAGGAUUUAGAAAAAGCAUUGCAAGAUGUCAACGAAGAAACUCGACGUUUACUUGAAGAAGAUUUUAAUUACUUUAAUUACUUAUCCGUUUCCUCCAAAAAAUGGCCAAGGCACUACCAAUUAAGUCACGUUAACAAUCAAUUGGACAAGUUGAAGAGAACAAAUGUAUUAAAUGCUACAUUUCACAUUUGGCACAAAGGACAUUUUAGAACGAUAAAUAAUUUUUGCCUGGGAAGACUGCCUUCAGCGCCUGUUGAUUGGUCAGAAAUCAAUGCAGCCUGGGGACAAACUGCUUUCUUGUGAUCUGCAUUAGCUCGAAAAAUUGAUUUAACCUUUGAGAGGCUAGUUCCAUAUGGAAACCAUUCUUAUAUUGAGGAUAUCCAGGAACAAAAGGAGCUUCCCCUCUAUGGCGCUGGAGAUUUCCGUUUUUUGUGGGACACAAAGUUUGAUAAUGGCAUGGUUGCCUUUUUGGAUUGUCUUCAACAAUUCCAAGCAAAAGUAGAGGAACUGGAAAAAAAUGAUAAGGUCUUUUGUUUUCCUUAUCGCACCAAUAAAGGAAAAAUCGAGGAUUCCGAUCAUGUCAGCUAUUCCAUCAAGUAUGGUGAUAUCUCAAUUAAAUUUCAACAUAAAUUAUUCUUCUUCUGAAAAUAAAACAUAAACAAUG